GGAAAGAACAGAAGAAGAAGAAGAAGAAAAAGUGCAUUAAAAUUUCUUGUCUUAGGAUUUAGAAAACCGUGUGAUGAAUGUAAUCUAAUCCAUGCUUCAUUCUCUAAUGUUAUGGCUCUGAAGAAUGCUGUACUUCUUCUGAGCCUUCUCUUUGUUUCACAUAUUUUUUUGAUACAAACAUGUUACUCCCAAACCAAUUUUGAUCCUCAGAACAUUGAAACUUUCUAUCCAAUUGAAACAGCAGAAGAACCACCAUUACCAACAAUAAAUCCAGAAGAAUCGUCAGUGGCAGUACCAUCAUCAAACAGUAAAGUAGCAAAGGCUGUAGCUGCAACUGCAGCAUGCACACUAGCUGUUUGUGGAAUUGUGUUCUUCUUAGGUCUAAGGUGCUUCAGAGCAAAGAAGAGAAUUGACAUAACCAACACUACUACAACAACCAUGGCUUCUUCUGCAACACAUAGAGAUCAUAGGAAUGUUGUGGUGCCUCUGCCUCAGCCUCAGCCUCAACCUCAACCUCAACCUCAGGUGAGUGUGUACGAGAGAAUGGAAGGUAACAUAAAAGGGCUGAUUGUUGAUGAGAAUGGUUUGGAUGUUGUAUAUUGGAAAAGGCUUCAAGAUGGUAAGAACUCAAAAGAGGUAUUGGGUAAAAGUCACAAAAACAAAGAAAACGAUCACGAAGGAUAUUAUGAUCAAAGGACACAACCUGAAUCUAAUGUUCAAGAAACUCCUUUGCUAAGAGGGUUAUCUUCAAAUUCUUCACAUUUGAAUAUAUUUCCUGUAGAACCAUACACUAUUAUGAAGAUUCCACCACCUCAUCCUCCUCCUCCAAUUAAUGGUUUUGAUAAACUUGAUUUUGUUCGCCCAAAACCACCCUCCAUUUCUUCAUCAUCAACUCCUACACCACUUUCACCUUCCACUCCAAGAAUUCAAGAUAGAAAAAGUUCAGCACCUACACUACCGCCACCUCCACCACCUCCGCCACCAAUUCCAAAGAGCCAAGCAGUGCCACCACCAUGUCCUCCACCAGUACCAGAAAGAAAGAGCCAAGCACCUCCACCACAACCACCUCCUCUUCCACCAAUUACUGGUAGAAAGAGCCAAGCCCCGCCACCGCCGCCUCCACUGAUUCCUUCUAGAAAGGGGCCACCAAAGGGAGGAAAUCCAAAGUCAUCAUCAAAACCACCUCCUACCCCUAUUGAAGCACCAUCAUACUCGAGAAAAGGCAAAUCUAAAGAUGAAGAUAUGCAAGAAACCGGCAAUCGUCAAGUGAAACUGAAGCCUCUGCAUUGGGAUAAAGUCAAUGCUAAUCUUGAUCACUCCAUGGUUUGGGACAAAAUUGACCGUGGCUCCUUCAGGGUCGAUGAUGAUCUUAUGGAAGCUCUCUUUGGCUAUGUUGUUAACCACAACACCCCAAAAGCGAAUGAGUCAGGGAGUCCAAGCAAGGGUUCCUCUGCCUCAGCUCCAUCAACAAAGGCAUCCACCCUUCUUGACCCAAGAAAAUCACAGAACACUGCCAUUGUGUUGAAAUCUCUUGCAAUAUCAAGAAAAGAAGUCAUUGAUGCACUCCUUGAUGGUCAUGGCCUCAACACAGACACCAUUGAAAAGCUUUCUAGAGUUGCUCCAACAGAAGAAGAGCAAUCUCUAAUACUCCAAUACAGAGGAGAUCCUGAAAACCUUCCUGCAGCGGAGUCCUUCCUGUAUCAUACUCUCAAAGCCGUUCCUUCGGCGUUUAAGCGCUUGAAUGCCAUGCUGUUCAGGCUGAACUAUGAUGCCGAGAUUGUCGAAAUCAAGGAGUUUCUGCAGACACUUGAGUUGGGAUGUAAGGAGCUUAGGAACCAAGGAGUGUUCCUGAAGCUUCUUGAAGCAGUGCUUAAGGCCGGAAAUCGCAUGAAUGCAGGUACUCAUAGAGGUAAUGCUCAAGCUUUCAACUUGGCUUCUCUUAGGAAACUUUCUGAUGUGAAGAGCACCGAUGGAAAAACCACAUUGCUUCACUUUGUGGUUGAGGAAGUGGUCCGAUCUGAAGGCAAACGUGCUGUUCUCAAUCGAGACUACAGCAUGAGCCGAAGUAGCAGCAGAAGUAGAAGUAGCAGCAGUAUUAGCAGUGGAAACACUGAGAAUUCUGUUUCAGAUGAACAAAGAAAAAGGGAAUACAUAAUACUAGGAUUGCCAAUUGUUGGAGGGGUCAGUUCUGAGUUCUCCAAUGUAAAGAAAGCAACACUAACAGAUUACAAAAGUUUUGUUGGUUCAAUCUCAGCACUUUCAGCAAGGAUAGCUGAGAUUCGAGAACUCGUUUUGAAGUGUGGAGGAAAUGAUAAAGGAGGGAAUUUUGCAAGAGAAAUGAACCGUUUUCUAUCAGAAGCUGAGGAAGAAGUGAAAUUGGUGAGUGAAGAACAUGGAAGGGUGAUGCAGCUUGUGAAGAAAACAACAGCUUAUUAUCAAGGAGGAGGGGCAUGGAAAGAGAGUGAACAACCACUUCAACUGUUUGAGAUAGUGAAGGAUUUUCUGGGAAUGGUUGAUCAAGCAUGCAUUGAGAUUGCUCGUAACAUGCAGAAGAGGAAGGGCACAAAGUAGAAAGGACUUUUGAGGUUUUGAACCCACUUGAACAUAGCAAGCAGCUCAAAUGAAUCCUGGUUUGGCCUAAUCUUAGUCACUAGAGAUAACCAAGGUUACCAUAGGCCUAAACAAUUCAAUUUUUUUUUUUUCUAUCUGAACGUUUUAUUGUACAUCAAAAGGUAGAGUUCAAACCCCAUAAUGAAAAACAACAUUGCAAGGGCCAAAAUGAUUCGAAAUUUGGAAUGUUUUCACUUUUCAACGUGUAACUGCACAUUUCAUUUAUAAUUUUGUAUAGAGAACCAUGUUCUUGGAGAA